UCCUCAUUUGACAUUACAGAAUCUGUCAUUGUGCUAUAUCUAGAAAAAAUCUCGAUACGCCAAGUUGCUCUGGUUAAGAACGUUUUUCGUUGCAUUAGUCGAUUAUAAUCGUUUGGAACCAAAUCAUGAGGUUUUUGGAGCCAUCUGUGAAGAUUAACUCCGGUCGGAUGCCUUUUUCUCCCACCUAAAGCAGACUCAAUAUCACUAGGAUACUUCUAUAAUCUGUGAUCUUUGGUGUUUCUACCGGCCUUCAGUGUUCCUGGCAUUAUUUUGGCGUACGCGUAAGACUUGUGUCACGCCGAUGUAUUAAAAAGCGAAAAUAAUUGAUAUGAUACUCGGAAUCGAUCAGUUUAGUGUCCAUAUUGUAGUUAUGCCUCGGCAAUUUCGUCGCUUUAAACCAGCCCUACUGACUAAAUUUCUGCAUCAUUUGUUGCUAGUUCACGCUGUAUUUUCUUCUGUUGAUUUUAAACAAGUGCAGAUAGAUUGUCAAUACAACAAAGAAACGGACCAAAUUGACAUCAUUAGUGCAUUCUGGUAUGUGCGUUAAAAGCACGACGACAUAAGAUAUCGUUUGACUUUGCCUUCAAGGCAACUUGCCUUCAAGGCUAACACUACUGAAAUCAUCAAUCAACACCAAUUUUGACACAUGCUUAGCAUGUUGUAUGCAUGACGAUCUUUUAAUUCGAGUCAUGCACCACGACCCGAAAAUAGAGUUGGCACCAAUUCGCCUUGGCGAUAUUUCGGGUAGCACCAAUUUAAAAAAAAAUGCUGACCACUUCCCACCGCGCUUGCAAGAAUAAUUGUUGUCUUGCUUUGAAAAAAUGUAAAUUUACACCAGCGCAUUCGCAUGCUAUAAGCUGUGAUAAGAACCCGUGUCCAUUUUUUU